UUCAGCCAAAGGUUUCCAAGGGGAAAAUGUGACUGAAUCAACUGAAUACAGUUCUAUCACAUAUUGAAGAGAAACAAAUUAAUGUGGCAUAAUUUCUAUUAGAUUGGCCUAUUUUGUAGCUUAUCAGAUCCAUGAAGCUGGGACAAGACGUGCCUUUACGUCACCAGACAAGUUCAUCCUGGUAUAAUCUCCUUUCCUUUAAUAAAUCUAGCUUAGGGCAUCUGAGUAGAGCAGGAGGCAUCAGAAGGCAGGCAGCAGUCCUUGGAGAAGAGAACAAGGCAGCCCUUCACUGGCAGCAGCAAAGAUGCUGGUCUCUCCCAUGGCUGAGCGAAACAAGGAGAACAUUCUGGAGGUGCUAGCUGACUAUGUAGAUGAUACAUGCUCUGCUUUUGGGCUGGAACUGGGCUCUGGGACAGGACAGCAUGUGGUACACUUUGCCCAGGCCCUGCCCACUGUCAUCUGGCAGCCAUCAGAGAUCAGUCCAGCUUCUCAACAAAGUAUCUCAGCUUACAUCCGUGCCACCAAGGUGAGCAAUGUCCGAGAGCCCCUCUUCAUAGAUGUGUCACAGCCAUGGGACCAGUGGGCUGGCCUGGGUCAAAGCUGUUGCGACUUCAUUGUCAUUAUCAACGUGGUACACAUGACUGAUCAAGGCCUAGAGCCUUUUGCCAUUAAUGGAAUCAUCCUCCCAGAGUGCAAUGUGAAACUAGAUGAAAUGCUCCAAGCCAAGAAUCCUGAAUGGGGACUGCGAGAUGUGGAGGAGCUCCGUCAAUUGGCAAAUGUCAAUGCACUCUGGCUUGAGCGCAUGCUGGAGAUGCCCGAAUACACCAAAUGCCUGAUCUUUCGGAGGAGGGAGUUUUGAUCUCUGGCUACAGGCUGGAUAGCUCAAUUAGCACUGUAC